CCUUCACGGUUCCGACUCAGCAGAGGACUGUGGGAUUAUAGUCUGGCUGAGCUGAGAGCUGAGAGAACAAGGCCGGCCGGAGAGGAGCUGCUGAGAGGAGCCGCUACAACUAGUAGCUGCUCUCAGCUCUCCGACACACAGAGGAGAGAGAUUGCUCGGAGAGUGUUUGGCGAGCAAAGGCUGGUCGCUGGCAGUUCACAAGUCCGUGUGAAAAAUGGCGACGUCUUCCAUCAAACCACUGAAAGUUUUAAAUGAGCUUCUCUGCGGCGUCUGGGAAUAGAAACAUGGCUGAUGCGGCGCGAGGUCCCGUGGUUGGCCGGCCAUUGGCAUUUGCCAAUGAAGAGCGGGCAGUUCACUCCUGGUCCCGGAUCUCGUCAGCGGGGCACAACGUCCUCCUGGAUGCUCUGAAGAUUCUCAGUCCGAUGUCCCGUGACCUCUCGAGCAGUGAGGAGCUGGUCACCUUCCUGCAGGAGCUGGGCGAGGAGGGCCACAAGCCAACCGUGCUGCGUAGCAAGGACGUGUAUGGCUACCGCUCCUGCACAAACCAACCCCUGACUGAAGACAUGCUGAAGCCACCCAACAGAAACGUCAGACCCACCGCCAAGAGGAGGGGAAGGAAGCCCCUGGCCAGGAAGAGAGAUGUGCACCCGUCCUGGAACUCCUCUGAGAAGAGCAACCCCAAGAUUCAAGGGGUCCGCCCUCCAGAGCUGCUGGUGGACCAUCGAGCCAUCAUCUGCAGCAGGACACCCAGUCGGACUGUAGAGAUGUCGCAGGCACUGCAAGUGCGGCCGUGCCUCAGACUGACCAACAUUGAGGGCCUUUCUGGCUUCCAUACGGCCAGACUCCAGAUCCACACUUCCUGGGACUCAUCUUCUGAGGCACCCUCUGUUGGCUUUUCACAGCAACAGCACCCUCUUAUGCUUUCAGGAAUACCUUUGCAGCCUUCUCAGAAUGGUGGUGGGGCGCCCACCACAGCAGUGGCCUUGUUCAGCCAGAAGAGCCUGUCCUGCCCCAUCCGAUUGGACGGUGCCCUCAUUGGAGAUUCUGCACCGGUCUUCUACGCAAAUGGACGGGCGUUCCCAGAGACUCACACAGAGCUGACCAGCAAUGGCUGGAGGAGCAAUGGCUUCCACCGAAAUGGUCGGGGCCCCAAAGAACUGAACAACACGACCCGGCAGAGAAACGGCUGGAAGGAAAAACACAGUCUUAGAUGGAAAGUGAUAAAGGUGGAUGACUCUCGCUCUGUGACUGAGGCCUGCAGAAAAGCGCAGAAGAUCCUACAGGUCAACCUGUCUCCAGUGAUUCAGAUCCAACCUCUCAACCAUGUGCUGAGAGACUUCAGAUAUCAGAAUAAGUGACAAUUCCCCUCAAAACCCACAACCAUUGUCUCCUUUAGCAGAUGUUAGUGUUUUACAUCCAUUAGCCUAUAUCUGGCUGAGCCCCAGUGUUCAUUGCAGACGUCUUACAUGUUUUUGUUGUGAUCUCUGCUGAGUGUUGGAGGUAGAGAAGUCAGUCUGUCUGUGAAAGUUCUGGUUCCUGACAGGGGCACUCGGGAUUGAAAGGCAUUUGAAGUUAGGUGAUGCUUUUCUCAGCAGGCUGGGAAAUGACUAUCGGCCGAAUGCUGGUACAUUUUCACGGUCUACUUUAGUUUACACUAUACAAUACUUCAACCAACCAUCAUUCUGCUUUGAGUUGACUGCCUGCUAGCCGAUGUUGCUGAUGUAUUUUAGGACGCAGCAUCCACUGUGACUGUUAGGUUAAAGGUGAAUUUUCUGCCCUUCAACAAGGCACUGGGUGCUCACAGUUGUUUGAAGAGUAUUUAUAACUCAUUUGAAGUAUAGCGUCGUUUUGUUGAAAAGCAUUUUUUUUACUUGUAGCGCUUACAAACAGUGCUGUCACUGCAGCGCCCCAUUUUCCACUGGAAAGAAGGAGAAAAUAAAGCUAGUGGUGGGACAGGACGAUCCCAUUGGACUCCCAGAUGAACUGGUGGAUGAGCAGGGCGGGUUUCCAACGCCUUCAGACGAGCAGACGUGGUGGUUGGUUGGUCCCAAAAAAACAAAUAAACUAAAAAAAGGAAAGAGAAAAAGUGUUUAGUUUGUCUUCCUUUUUUGUAUUUUUGUUGUGUUUCCACUGGAAAUCGGGAACGCUCUGGGAGCGAGUACAGCAGGGAAUCAAACCCGUGGCCCAUACAGAGAUACACUGAUACCUGGAUGAUUUGUUUCAACUACAGUCCUUCACUAAGUGUUCCUUUGGUUUAGUUUAUCCACACAUGGAAACAAAAAAGUUAUAGAGUAUUUUCAACUGUUGGGUGAUAUGAUGUCUUACUGAAACAAAACGCCGAUCAAUGAACUGCAGAAAAUGGCAGGUAUUGAAGAGGACUUGGGCCUUAUUAAACAUUUUCACUUCGGAGAUUCAUCUUUGAAUCUUAAUUCUGGGAAAACUGAGAAUUGUGAGAUAUAAGAAUUCAAUAUUUAAAGUUUUUCUCAUAAAACUUGAUCUCUGAAUUCAAUAUUUACAAAUUUCUGACUGUAAUUUCAGAGUUUAUUCUCUAUGGCUAUUUCCCUCAAAAUUCCUCCAUUCCAUGAUGUGGCCCUGGUCCACCUCCAUCGGUUUAAGGUGUUUUUCACCAGAUACAAAAACAACCCUAAUGCUGCUCAAGGUUUACCUUUGUCCAACACAUUUCUGUACUUCACAGGCAACCAACUGUCAUUUGGAGCCUUGAUAUAAGACAUUUGUUUGGCCAAUUCAAAAAAUCUUUGUGGUGACAUUUGUUAACUUGAGCUGCAGGACUGUUUAUUUUCCAACCAGUUAAAUUUUAAACUGCAUCAUCUGAAAGUUGAAUCUCCCAUCAGAACUAAUCUGUGCUCUGUUGAGUCAAUGGCGAGAAUUGCACUUUGAGAGUGUGACGGUGCUUCAUUGUUGCCUGUUUCCUGAACAUGAAAGUCAUUAAUAUUCGUAUUUCCUGCAUCACGUAGAAAAUGUGUGAAAUAAUCGAAAAAAAAUUGGUUUGGCUUUCUUUGAGCCCACGUUGGUUUUUGCUACAGGUGCUAACUUUGCAACGUUGGUGCUGAAUUAAAUGACUGGCACAAGAAUGUCGUCAUGUUCCUGUUUUUCUAGUUCAGAUUGGAGCAUUUAGAAGCGGUGACUUCCUGGGAGUUAUUCUCUGAUGGAUUGAUAGCACUGCUGCCCUUUGCAGGUUGGGAUGAGCAUGCCAAACUGCCUUGUGUGCUUUCCAAAGGGUUUCUAAUGUGAUGAGCCACCUGAAUCCAUUUUCAUGUCAUCAUCUGUGAGAAACUCCUGUGAAUUCCCCUAUAACAUUUGUUUGCGAUGUUUAGACAAAACCACAUUCCACGAGACAAAAGUUUAGUUUUUACCUCGGAAACGGUACUUAAACACAAAAUCCUAAAUCAUUGUCCACUUACUAGCUUUUUUCGGAGCUUUUACGGAUCUCAAGACCAUUAAAUGUGAAUGAAAGCUCUGGAAAAAGCCAGUAAGCAGAUCUUGAUUUAAAAUGUUUUUGUCAAACUACAUUUUAAUUCUUUCUCCAAAAAAAUAUCCAAAUAUCCAAAUAUUGACUACUUUAACCACCAGAUCUUAAAACGGUUAAAACAGAGCUCGGUAAAUGAGGACUGUUGUUUCAAAAACUACCAAAAAGAUGAAAAAAUUAAAUUGUAUUUCCUGUUUCAUGUUUAAAUGCUGUGUUAUGGGCCACUUGGUGGAAAGAACUAAUCAGAUGUAAAGUGGAAAUCUGUGCUUUCUACUUUGAAGUUCAUGCAUUAUUCUCAAAUUAGCAAUCCGUUCUUUAAACUGAGGCCACAUCAGUGUUUGGUGGUCGGCUUUACAGAUUUCCACGUCUGUUCUUGUGAAUUUUACGUUAUGGAAGAGUCUCGGUUUCCUUGCCCCCUCCUCCCCCCUUCUGCGAUCUGUCUGUACGCAGUCAUGUUCAUGCCCACUGACAGUUCCCUUUUCUAGAUCUUCUAUCUGUUAGUCUCGUUUGUGCCACACUUGUAUAAUAUUGUAUUUCCUACAUGAUCUUUGAAAACUCUUUUUGUUCAAUAAAACCGAUCUGAAAAGAAU